AUGGCUACCGAGGUCGUUCGCGAAUCAAAAAUCCUUCUCUCAAACGAAAACUACACUCUCUGGCUUCUCCCAAUCAAAGCGAAACUCUACAAACUGAAGGCCCUCAACAUUGUCACUGGCGCUGUUACCUGUCCCGAUUCUGAAACAGACAAGGACAACUUCAAAUUGUACAAUAAACUCAACGAAGACGCUGACGCCGAGAUUGUUCAAUACCUCAACCAAGAAGUUCUUGCGUAUGUCAGUUCGGCUCUCCCAACCACUGACAAGUUCAACGGAUUCAAGCUAUGGCAGUUACUCAAAGCCAAGUUCGCUGGCAAUGAUCUCACCUCAAAGACUACUGCUCUAAAGAAAUUUCUUGCUGUUGAUUACAACUCGUUCACAUCGUUUUUGCCACUUAUCCGAGCCGCUAAUCAGAAAAUUGUCCUCUCGUGCCUUGCUCUCGACGACCAAGUUAAAACAAUCUUAAUGCUCGAUAAACUUCCUCAAGACUUCCAUUCGUUCAAGACAAACAUUUCAAUGAAUUUUGAAACCCUACCGUUUGACGAUGUACUCAAGAAACUCGAGGACUUUGCUGCUCAAAAUCAAUUAAACGGUACUAUCAAAUCAUCGAUCACUUCUGAAGCUACGAUGUAUACCAAAUCUACUGAUCCAGAGAUUGAGGGGUGUUGA